CAGUAGAGCCGGAACAGAAAAGGAGAGCGAAAACGCUGCAGUUGCCUAGACACGGUCGUAUAACUACGUCGUACAUUUUUAAGACACCGGUGCUCACGAAAAAUUACGCACUUGGUUCUUUCAAGGCGAAAAACGUCAAAUCUCACUCUGCUCUCUUUACAACCCCUCGAAAUUUCGUUCGAUUCUCCACAAUAACAAUUUAUACUCCAUCGGAGCGGAAGACCGAUCAAAACAAACAGCGAAGCUCUCCCGCGCGCGUAAGGUGUAAAAAGAAAUGCGCCGCGCGCGUGGAAAGGGAGGGGCAGACACAUAUCCGAGAAUCACACCACAACGAGCGGGGAGAAAAAGCCGCGCCGCUACGACGCUACUUUAGUCCGGCGAACGCGUACACGCUACAGUCAUUCCCCAGACGGCAAAACGCGCGCAUCGUAGCUCUGCUUUUCCAGACGACGCCGCUAACACACUUCGCCAGUGCCCGUGUAUAUAGCCACGGUUUAUUUGGAGUCUCUUCGCUGUGGAAAGUCGCCGAGAGAAAUAAGUCAAGAUGGUCAACGUAACGAGGCUCACCAUCAUCAAGUUUUUCGAACUCCUGCUAGCAUGUAUCCUCAUCGGGCUACAUUACCAUUCACAAACCUACGGUCACGAGAUGAUGCUGACCACUGGUACUUACUGCGGCUAUGUCAUCAUUCUCGUCGGUCUUUUUGCCGGCGGAGUUAUGGGAACUCCGGUUAACCGACGAGUUGACCUGUUCUUCAGUCUGGUCGGUUGCGCCCUGUUCAUAGCCUCCGGAGCCGUAGUGAUCGACAAUCACCAGCACGAGAGUGGCGAAUCCUUCAACAAGCACAUGGCCAAAGCCUCGAUCAGUAUCAUCGAGGGUGUCCUGUUCUUCGUCGACGCCGUCUUCACCUUCAAGGGCGAAGCCUAAGCCGAUCGUCUCCCUCUGCUAUACUCUCUUGCGUCUUUAUCGUCCGUCUAUCUCACUUGCGAAAGAUGUUCUAGCGAGCUUUCAGCUAUUAGCGCGUUGUAAUACAGACACACACUGAACUCUGCGAGUGUGUACGCGUGUUUGGUCCGUAAAUUAAAUACGUAUAGAAACGCGUGUACACAUCAUGAACGGACGUUCGAUCCUCGGGACUGUGAUCUCGUGUAUAGGCCAGGCUAUCUUUCUUGGCUUCCUGGUCAAGAUGACGACGCUGCUCAAGAAGAAGUACCGCGUCAACGAAACUCGAGCCGAGUUGUAAAGUACAAAGAGUCGUAUAUCGUUGUUGUAUACAUGUCCUCUCCGAAUUUCUCCAAACGACGAUGACAGCACUGCCAGCUUAUCGACAUUCUCUGAGUUGAUCCUCCGACGUGUCUUCUGGACGAGGAGUGAACUUAUUGUACUCUACUGCGAGAAAUUCGGAGAGGACCGCGUGAUUGGAUAUUUUAAUUUUUGCACCUUUCUCCACUGUAUAGUGUGGAAUCUCCUACUAGAACAUCUUUUACGUGAAUUUACAUAAUAUAAAUGAGUAUCUAUCUAUCCAUAUAACUUAUAUACGUAUGCACAGUGUCAAGGGGCUGCUGUUUCUCGCCGGAACAAACGGCCAGUAAACUGUUUUGAGAAUACGGUAACGCUUAUUUAGUCUUGCAUUGAGUGUACGUGUCCGAGAGUUUCAGUGGUACUUUUUAAGCUUCGUUGAAAAGCUGACCAAAAAGCGUAAAAGUUUCUAAAGAAUUCAUGACCGAGUCUCUUUGUAAACACUGGGACAUCGACAAAUAUAUUUUUGAUCAAAGGACUUUUGAAGUUUAUAUUUGCUGCUCUUCGAAGACUUGCAUAUGUUAAUCAGAUCACGAUCAGUAGUUUCUAACUCACUUUUCAAUGUACCCUUCUGCAAGUGCCUUUGCUGCUAUAUCCGCGGUACAAAUUCAAUUACACACAAGAUAAAAAUAAUCAAAAUUCACAGCGCGGGUCGAAACAUUCCGUAGCUCGCAGUCCCUUUUCGAAAAUCAUAGUCGAUAUUAUAUCAAGAGUAUUAAUAGCUUCAUUUCGCAUUUAUAUAUAGCUAUAACGUAACAAGUAACGAUAACGUUAGCAACCAUUUAUCAUCGUUAUCGCGCAUGUAAAUUAAGUCAUGUAUCACUAUACGUCUCAUGCCAUAUUAUACUAUGUAGGUUUUAAGCAGAAAAUUAAAAAUACGAGGGGCCUGCACCUUGAUUAAAAAAAAAAGAAUCUAUAAACACAUUUUGACUUUGUGAAACGUACAUUUUUCGUACGUUGAUUUCGCAGCACGAUAUACUCUUUUUUUACCCAUUUGCAAUGUGAAAUUGCCGAAUAUAUUAUCUGUUUGGAAAUAGAUUUAUACUGUCGUUACAGUAUAGUAUUGUAGGAAGAAGAAAAUCUGAUGUAGAAAUUUAAAAUUUAUGUUUAUUCACUUCAAUCAUAUUUUAAUGUACAAUUUUUCUUUUGUAAUGCUAGCAGGCUUCAAGUAAUAAAUGUCUACAAAAUUUA